ACUUAAGAGCGCAACGACAGGAACUGUGCUAAUAUGCGCUGGGAGAAAUAGCGAAGAGAAGCAGGUCCAGGCCACUUCAGUUCUUGCCAACUGGUUCUGCGGUUCGACAGGUGAUGAGUUGAGGGCUGAAGCCUGGCUGAUUGUUAGAGACCAUGGAGGAUGACUGCAGGCCUCUGCUGGGCCCAGAUCCCACUGGGGAGAGCCCCUCCCACAGAGGCUCAGCUGGGUCACUGGACAUCAGAACUAAACGGCCUUUCUAUGUGGAACCCAGGAACAUUGUAAGUGAUGACCCUCAGGAGAGGAUCUCUGCUGAGGCUGCCAUCCUGAACAGUAGAGUCCAUUACUACAGCAGACUGACAGGGUCCUCUGACACAAUGCUGAGUCCUCCAAACCAUGUGAUCCCCACAGCAGAGGAGAUGUACGUCUACAGCCCUCUCGGGACGGCUUUCAAGAUUCCAGACAGUGAGCAGGCUGUUAAGAACCCCAGCAUUGUCACCAUCUUUGCCAUAUGGAACACCAUGAUGGGGACGUCCAUACUCAGCAUACCGUGGGGUAUUAAGCAGGCUGGUUUCACUCUGGGAAUCAUCAUCCUCAUCUUCACUGGCCUGCUAAUGCUGUACUGCUGUUACAUUGUCAUCAAAUCACCAAAGGCAAUUAGGGGUGUGGACACAUCCAGCUGGGAAUUCCCUGAUGUUUGCAGGUUCUACUUUGGAAAGCUUGGCCUGUGGUCCAGCUUGGUCUUCUCCUUGGUGUCUCUUGUUGGAGCCAUGGUGGUAUACUGGGUCCUAAUGUCCAACUUCCUCUACAACACUGGGCAGUUCAUCUACAACCACGCUCACAACGUCAGCACAUCCGAUUCAGAGUAUGGAACCAAUGGUUCUGACAGAGUUAUCUGCCCAUACCCUAAAACUCACCCUGGAAGAAAUGACUCCAUGACCAGUCUGUGUGGCAGCUCCUCUGGGAAUGACUCAUCUGGGAGCAGCUUUGAUCACUACUGGAGUAAAACCAGCACCAUCCCUCUCUACCUCAUCAUCCUGCUGCUGCCACUGCUCUGCUUUCGCUCUGCCUCUUUCUUUGCCAGGUUCACUUUCUUUGGCACUAUAUCAGUCAUCUAUCUGAUUGUGCUGGUUACAAUCAAAGCUUCCCACCUUGGCUUCCACCUAGAGUUCCACUGGUUUGGUCCGUCCCAGUUCUACGUUCCAGAGUUCAGGUUGUUUUUUCCUCAGCUGACUGGUGUCCUCACCCUGGCCUUCUUCAUUCACAACUGCAUCAUCACAUUGAUGAAGAGCAACAAAAACCAAGAAAAUAACGUAAGGGACCUGUCCUUGGCUUAUCUUCUCGUUGGAGGGACAUAUAUGUAUGUGGGCGUGUUGAUCUUUGCUGCCUUUCCCUCACCUCCUCUCUCCAAAGACUGCAUUGAACCAAACUUUUUAGAUAACUUCCCCAGCAGUGAUGUGAUGGUGUUUGUGGCUCGAGUGUGCCUACUGUUCCAAAUGAUUACUGUCUAUCCUCUGCUGGGUUAUUUGGUACGAGUCCAAAUUAUGGGUCAGCUGUUUGGAAAUCAUUAUCCCGGUUUCAUUCACAUUCUUGUGCUGAAUAUUCUCAUUGUUGGAGCUGGAGUUCUAAUGUCCAUGUUUUAUCCCAACAUUGGAUCUAUAAUACGAUUUUCUGGAGCAAUAUGUGGACUGGCCUUAGUGUUUCUACUUCCUGCUUUAGUCCACAUGUUCUCUCUGAGGGAGCAGGGGAGACUCACCUGGCAGUCGGCCUUUUUCCACAGUUUCCUCAUCGUUCUGGGUGUGGCCAACCUGAUGGCUCAGUUUUUUAUGUAGGAAACAAGUAGGCAAUAAUUUAAAGAUGAGAAGAUCUAAUGGAAGGUUUAGCUGCUACCACCUAACUGUGGUGUGGUUUAAAUAUCUGCACAACAAGCUCCAAACAUAUGCAAGUAUUUACAUUCAUAUUUAUUUCAUUAUAUUUUUCAUAUUCAAAUAAAUGUAAAACCAUCAGUUGUUUGAACUUACAUUAAGUAAAAAAUGUUUUGAACAUGUCAAUAUUUUCUCAGUUUAAAUAUUUCAAAUGAUUAACUGGUAGCCUUUAACAAGUUUUUUUUUUAUAACAAAACUAUUUCACAGUUGCAUGAGUGGUAAAUGCAAAGACACCUUCACAAAAAAAAAAAAUCAAAUAAAAUCACUUAUCUGUCCAUUUUCCAACGCGCUUUUCCUUCUGGCAUCUAUCUCCAGCGGUCAACGGGCGAGAGGUGGGGUCAUCUUGAACAGGUCACCAGUCCAGCAUAGGACAAACAAUCAUGCACACAUUCAUACCUCAUGAGAAUUUAGAGAGACCAGUCAACCUAAACAUCAUGAUUUUGGACGGUGGGAGGAAGCCAGAGUACCCCGAGAGAACCUACGCAUGGACAUGGAGAACAUGAAGAGUCCAGGCCCUUCUUGCUGCAAGGCAGCAAUGACUCCACCACACAACGAAAAGCUUACUGUUCCUAAACAUAGUCAGUGGUUACAGCUGCAUCCCCCGCCCCCAAAGUUGUAAUGGCUGUAGUGGCCUUUAUUUGACAGGAAAGUGGGUACCGUAGAGAAGGGGGAUGACAUACAGCAAUUGAACCUGUGACAGCUGCGUUGAGGGCUAAGGCCUCCAUUUGUGGGUUGUGCUUAACCCCUGCACCAUCUCAGCACCCCACAGGUGCAUUUUUAAACUUCAAAAGAAUAACUACUGGAAGAAUUGUCCAAGAGCCAAAAACCACUUGCAAAAAGUUGUGGAAAUAGCAGGUGCAGUUUCUCCAGUUAAGCAAUAAGUAAUGCCUUUAAUAGCAAUGACUUCUGUUCACAGUGACUGUACAAAACUUCACCCUGGAAGAACGUCUGCUGCAGAAGAUUUGGACAAGCAUGCGAAAUUCAGAGAGAAGAUAGUCUGGUCUAAUGAGGCCAAUGUAAUCGCUCACAUCAAGUUUAAAGAAAGAUUAGUUUUAAAAAUCACUGGAAACACCAUGCAAAAGGUGACAUUUGCACGUGGAAACAUCAUAGUGUGGGCUCUGUUAUAGCAUCUGGUUCUGGGAGACUUCAUGUAAUGCAAGGAAAGAUGGAUUUACUGGUAAAUUUUUGAUAAGAAUGUGAGAAUGAAACAAAUGUUAAUUUGAAGCAAGUUCCAAACAACCAAGGAAGACAUUUUGUCUGAGACAAUAGGUUCUAUUUCAUGUUUUCAGUCAUACAUUCACUGGUGGAUUGAUUUUCUUUGAUUGUGUUGGUGUAUUACUUGGGUGUAGGUUGUUGCUGAUGGUGAUCUGGUGUUAAAUUUUUCUCAGUGUCCCCAUUAGAAACAUUUAAGCUGAGAAAAAUGUUGACAUGUUUAAUACUAAUGUUACCGGCCUCAUUUUAAUGCAGGCCAACCUUUGUUUAUUUGACUUUGCUUAUGGUGACAUUGGAAUGAGAUUUGUUAUGUGUCGGCUAAUUCUGACUAUCACCAAACUUUUUGAGGAGCGAUCUUUAUACAGCAAAGUGCCACACAAAGCGGCGCUAUACAGAGAUUAAAAACGGACAGAUGGACAUGAAGGCACAAGAGACUCAUUAGAUAAUGUCAAACUAAUCAGAGCUAUAAUAAAGACUCAAGGGAAUAUGGACCUAUGCGGAGUGUAGAUUAGCAGGAAAAGAAAAUGUAUAUAGACACAAAAUAAUCAUAAAGUAAAUGGUAAACUUUGAUUUGAAAAAAUACCAAUAUAGACAAAUACGUUACAACAACUGCAAAAAUGUUAACUUGUAUAGAAACGACAAAGAACAUAGAUACUUGUAAUGUACUAGCAAUAAUUAAAAACAAUAAACUUUAAGAGGUGACAAAUGGGUAUAAACCAAAACCACCAAACUGAAUGGAUGUCUUUAACAUGCUCUUCAAGAUGUCCAAGCUCUCAGGUGACCUCUGACCUUGAGGCUUGUCCCACAGUAGACAGCCAUAACGAUGCCUCACCUUGUGAUUUAGUUCUCAUUGUAGGUACCAGUGAGAACCACUUCAGAAGACGGAAGCAGUUCUCAUAAAUGGGGUGGGCUAUAACAUUACGGCCAUUAUUAAGUUUUAAAUGCCACUAAGAACACCUUAAAAUCAAUUCUAAAAUGCACACCAACUUUAAAUACAAACUUUAAAGUUGCCGUGAUGUGAGCUCAGCUUCUGGUCCUCGACUAGCAGAGUUCUGAAUUAGCUGUAAUAGAGCUAAGCUUUUUCCAACAAGAUCAGGAAGCAGAGUAUUACUAUAAUUGAUUGUACUGGCUGUAAAGGUGUGAAUCAAAGUUUCUGUAUUGGACUAUUAGAGAAAUGGUUACGGUCUUGCAAUGUUCCUCAGAAGAUGAAAAUAUGUUUCUAGUGACAUUCUUGAUAUGGUUUCAGAAACCAUAGUUUGAAUCAAAUAUGUUUUUCAAUGUUGUCCUAAUUUAGAUAAAGGAAAUUCUCAUAAUUUAAUAUAUAAUAAAAAAAAAAUAAAAUAAAAAAAAAAGGGCUUAAAAGUGCCUGGAUGUAGGCUCAUCAGGACGCAAUAAUAAACGGAGCUGUGUCAUCAGCAUAACUAUAAAAGUUAAUGCCAUGUCUCCUAAUAAUGUAUGCCAACAGUUGAUGGGUGGCAUACAAGGAUUCAAAAUAUUGGGACUCAGUGCUGAGCCUUGGGGGACACCAUAGUGUAAACUACAGUUUUACACAGAUUACUUGUGUAAAACUAACUGCAAAACUGGGAUGCUGCUAGUUUAGUUGAUUAAGGAAAAGCUUCUCCACAUUUUGCUAAAAACACAGCAGAUUAGAAUAGAGACAUUAAGGUUUGUUCUCUUCCCAUGAGGCUUCACAACAGCAGUCUUAAAGACAAUUGUGAAGCCCACUGCCCCGCUCCGUAUGAAAAGAAUAGUUAAUAUUAAAAGCAUCAUUUUGAAAAAGAUGUGGUUUAUAGGGUCUAAAGGAUAUUUUUCUGUUUUAAGUGAAAUAAUUCUGCUUGCCAGUUCAUCAACCAUUCUCCAGUGUUUCCCCACCAUUUAACAAUGACUCAGUGGUAAUAUUUUUAUGCUGGCAUUGAGAUAAAUUAUAUCUUGUAUUGUUUAUGUUUCCUCUGAAGUAGGCUGUGAAAUCUCCACACUUUGUAAUUGUGGAGUUACUGGUGAAUACUGGGGAGGGCUGGUUUGGUUAGUCUGUCAAAAACUGAGAACAGGAUUCUUUGAUUAUUUUUAGUAUCAGAUAUUAAUUUUAAGAAAUAUGAAUGGUUCACUUGCUUGACUGUUAAUGAUUUAAUUCUGGAAAUUGUGGUAAUUUAUUUGCUGAUCUUUCCUUUCUGAUUUUCCCCAUUAUGUCUUUCCCAGAAGAUUUUAUAUUUUGUAUUUCUUGAUAAACUGUUGGAUUUUUUCCAACCAUAAAAUGUAAAAAUUCUAUUUAUGAAAAAGUAUUUUAUCAAGCAAUGUAUGAUUGUUGUUAAUACUGACCAAAGUGAAACUUCAGCUUCAUGAAGUACUGUGGUUUGCUGUCUUUGUGGAGUAGUUUUUCUCCAUCCUUCAGUUUAACAGUCUGGUCUCACUUUUUGGGUUGCAGCUGAUUUCUAUGGCAGAGCUCUUAAAAUGGCUGCUCAGCAGUGAAAACACAGCAGCACUCAGCAGUUGGACAGUGCUCUCAGGCAUUGGUUUUAAUCAGACAAUAACAUUUGGAGCAGUCUGAACGAAGCGCAGAGUUGCUUUUCCUCCUCUGUGGGUUUAAGUCCAAGAUCUUUGCUGUUGGGUUUAAUUCAAGUUAAAUAUAUUAUGAACUUUAUAUUUCUGAAAACUUUGUUCUUACAAAAGGUACAGUGUGUUGACAUUUUUGAAAGAACUUUAGUAGUAUUUAAAGCUGUAACCAAAUGACUGACCGGUAUUUGACAUGCUAAGAUGAUGUCUGUACACAGCAGAUUGUAUCGGCCCAGUAGUGAUGGACAAAGGGAAUACUUGUGUGAAGAUGUAGGAUCUGUAUGUUUGGUAACUUUUAUUAAACUUCUUGUUGAUUUUA